UCGCUCCAGCCAACUUCGGGAGAAAAUGUCUGGAAUUCCGUUUCCGCUUUAGGGAGUGGACGGUGAUUUUUUUUUUCCACUUGACUACCCACUCGACUUUCAUUUCCACGUCAACUCAGACCGUUUCGUGUUAACUAUCGUGGAUUAAAUAAUUGACGAUGGCUUCCUCGCCUCAGAAGUCCCCGUCCUCUCCGAAAUCUCCGACGCCCAAAUCCCCGUCCUCCAGAAAAAAAGAUGACUCUUUCCUGGGAAAACUUGGUGGAACUUUGGCAAGAAGGAAAAAGGCUAAAGAAGUGUCCGAGCUUCAGGAAGAGGGGAUAAAUGCCAUCAACCUUCCUCUCAGCCCCUCCCACUAUGAGCUGGACCCUGAGGACACAAUGCUAGAGGAGAAUGAAGUCCGCACCAUGGUGGACCCCAACUCCAAGAAUGACCGCAAACUGCAGGAGCUCAUGAAGGUUUUGAUUGACUGGAUAAAUGAUGUUCUGGUGGGAGAGAGGAUCAUUGUGAAAGAUCUGGCUGAAGAUCUGUAUGAUGGACAGGUCCUGCAGAAACUAUUUGAAAAGCUGGAAGGUGAGAAACUGAAUGUGGCUGAGGUGACCCAGUCGGAGAUCGCCCAGAAACAGAAGCUGCAGACUGUUUUAGAGCGCAUCAACGACUCACUCAAACUCUCCACCAGGAACAUUCGUUGGAAUGUGGACUCGGUUCAUGCUAAGAGUAUAGUUGCCAUCCUGCACCUGCUGGUGGCGGUGUCUCAACACUUCAGAGCACCAAUCAGAUUGCCUGACCACGUUUCUAUUCAAGUGGUGGUUGUCCAGAAAAGAGAGGGCAUCCUUCAGUCAAGACAAAUUCAAGAGGAAAUCACUGGCAAUACAGAGGCUUUCUCUGGCAGACAUGAGCGCGAUGCUUUCGACACCCUGUUUGACCACGCUCCAGAUAAACUUAAUGUUGUCAAAAAGACAUUGAUCACAUUUGUGAACAAACACCUGAACAAGCUCAACCUCGAGGUGUCUGAGUUGGACACACAGUUUGCAGACGGUGUUUAUCUGGUGUUGCUGAUGGGGCUGCUGGAGGGAUACUUUGUGCCACUCUACAACUUCUUCCUCACACCGGAAAAUUUUGACCAAAAGGUCCAUAAUGUGUCCUUCUCCUUUGAACUGAUGCAGGAUGGAGGUCUGGAGAGACCAAAGCCACGUCCAGAGGAUAUUGUAAACUGUGACCUUAAAUCGACCCUGCGCGUCCUCUACAACCUCUUCACCAGGUACAGGAAUGUAGACUGAGCACCACGCGUAGCAAGAGGGAACACUUUUUUACCACGGACUACAUGCUUAAGAUUAACAAAACUGUAUGUUUCCUCCUUUUAUCUGAAUGCAUGCAUCACAUUUUGUAUCUGUUGAACAAUGCACCACAUACAAAUCGGUAUAUUUUUGGAACUCUUGCAAAGACAUUAGGCUUGCACGCUUCAUAAUAUUUGCCUUUUUAUUGUAAACUGGGCAUUACCAUUCAGUCCUACAGAUAUCUAAGAACUAAAUAUGAUAGCCAAUAUAAAAUCUUAAGUUGAGUCGCAGAGUUGAUUCUAUAAUGAUUUGUGUUACCUUUGCUAUACAUCAUGAAACAGAGAUUUGAGAUGAACAACACUUGUAUCUUCUUAAUUCAGAAAAGAAAAUGUUUAAAUGUAUUUAUUGUUCAUUUUGAUUCAUGAUCUUUAACUUUUUUCUCUCUCUGCUCUUGUUUAUGUAAUUCAUAAGUGCCUUUAUUUAAACAUGUGAACACUGUCAGCUCCCAAUACUUAAUAUUGGGAUGUAUGUGCUCUCCACUUGUCUUAACGCUCCAGAUUUCCUUUGAAUGUGUGGAUGAACAUUUGAAAUAUUUGACCAAAGCUCUGUUAUUAGUAUUAGUAUUCACUCUGUAAAACAUAGCUUUACUCAGCACCCACUCUAUUCACUUUCUUAUAUUUUAUAUUGUAAUGUGUAUCUUAUUUUUAGUUGAGAUACAUCAGCUGUGUAGAAUCAUUCUACUUUUUGUGGUUUAAUAGAUUGUAUGCAUUGUAUUUUUUUUCAAACACAUUAGAUUUCACUCCUUUCUGCAAGACAAAUGAAAUUUCACUGAAAACAUUAAAUGUUUUAGGCAACAAACUGUAUGUUGUGUUCUAGUUUCAAGGCACCCUCACCUCUUAAAAAGAAUAAAUGCAGUAACUGUG